AUGACUGAAAAAAGUCACCGACAGCCUCGGAAAAGAGACCCCGAAUGGACAUCGCAUCAGCCAAACAAACCCAGCGGCGUUUCUUCCCAACCUAGCAAUACAUUCAACUUCACAGAAAUGUUCAAAUCACUCCAGACGUCACAAGAUGAUAAAAAUGUCCAAGUGUUCGAGGACCAGAAGCUUAUGUCCGAAAUUGGGAAAAUUUUCUUCACAAGCAUGAUGCAGUUCAGCAGUAUAAUGAAUUCAAGGAGUUCCUCCAACAAAAAUUUCGCAGAAAAUAAUUUUAAAAACAAAGGCAAAUUCGCAAGCCAAAAUAAUAAUGCAGAUUUUAACGGUUCCGGUAACGGAAACCAUAACUCUGGCGAUACAGUUGAUAAGGAUGUUAGUUUAACGAGUCAAUAUCGCAAAACUAAAAAUAAAAAGAGUAAAUUAAGACAAGGAGGAUCAGUUUCAGGAACAAACAGUUCCAUUUCUCAAAACACUGUUAAUAAAGACAGUGUAGUUGAUAGUUGCAGAACUAAAAGUGAAAGUAACGAUUCACAACAUAGUCAAAAGUGUAUAAAUAAAGGUAAAGGAAGUGCAUCAACAAACACUUCAAAAUACAAAGUAAAGCAAAACCACGAUACAAAGAAUGAAAAUGACGCAAAGGAAGGAGAUUAUACAAUAUCAACACAAAGAGACCAAACAGAGGUAAAUUUGUCAGAUUUCCAGGACCCAACGCCUAGUAAUGAAGAUGAAGAAAAGCAAAAAUUAAACUUGAACAUUUAUCGGUUUAUAAAUAACUGUGUUUCUGUGAAUAGAUAUUCAACUAGUGAUACUGUAAUCCAAAACUCUACAGUGGAAGAUAACAUAUAUAAUUUCCAGACGUUAAACAACGUGACGAACAAUAACACUGACUAUUCAAAUAGUGACGUGGAUGUAUUGAGUAAUACAGCGACAGAAGAUGUGCUGCUGAUGCGUUGUUUUGGAGGAGAUUUGGACAGUGUGAUGAAGUUGAAGGACUGCGAUUUGGAGUUUGUAGACCAGGUGGGCAGAAGCGCAAUCCACUACGCCGCGAGUAGCGGCAACCUUGACCUUGUAAAGUACUUGGUGUCAAACGGAGUUUACAUUGACAAGAAGGACGUAAAGGGAUGGACCCCAUUAUUUAUAGCAGUGGUAAAGAAUCACGUGGAAAUUGUGGACCUUCUGCUCAACUACGGAGCGGAUUUAUCCCUGACAUUGAGGCACCGAUGCGCACCAACAAGACUCACAGAUGCCCACAGCCAAGCAAUCCACUUUGCAGCAAUAAAGAGUAAUCGAGAAAUCACGGAGUUAUUACUGAAGAGGGGAGUUGAUAUUAACGAGAAAGACUCUCAAGGGAUAACACCCUUGAGUUACGCAUGCUAUAGAGCAAAUCUGGAAUAUGUAUCGUUUUUGUUGGAACAGGACGCAAAUCCAAAGAUCCAGGACGUCAAUGGAAGGACCAGUUUCCACUCGAUAGCUUUAGGAGGAAGUCUUGAGUUGGCAAAGAUUAUGCACCAGAAGGUUGGAAUACAUGAUACGCAAGAUAGAUGGUCUUUAACGCCUUCAAAGUUGGCAGAAAUAAGAGGUUUUAAGCCGCUCUCAGAGUACUUGAAGAAGGCAGGAAAUGAAACUGCGAGAUUUCUGGGCCUACCGCAAACGACAAAUUCUGAUCCAGACGACUCUGAAGAUUCAAUGUACCAGCUCCUCUCAUCUACAAUUGCCAGUGCACUCAACGAACCAAACUCUGACCAGAUAUAUAGAUGCCUGAUGCGCUUAGGGCCGGAUGUAGUUAAGACUCUCUUUGAAUUGACCCUAAAGGUUGAGAAGAGCGGCGGAGUAACAACGUCGGAUGGGAAAAGACCCAAAACACCAGGAGGAGUUUUCUUCACACUCUUGAAACAGAUGCACUUGAACAACUAUAUCACGAAGGAAGAUUACGAUUAUAUCAGAGCCGCUGAAAAGGAACGCCUAAAAUCUGUCAAUAAUAACAGCACCGUCAACGCGAAUAAUAAAAAUUACAAGACCAAAAGUGUUAAUAUGAACAAUACUUUCAACAAAGUCAACAACAAUAGAGUUAAUAACACAAGUUUCAACAGAGUUAACAGAGUUAAGAAAAAGGAUAAAAAAUUGCGACCUGUGGAUUGA